GGACCUCCCCGGACAUCCUUCCAGGUUUAACAGCUACCUUGAUACCAGCGGGAGAAAGCUACUUGCAAGCAGAUACACAAAGGGAGAGUGGAAGGAUCUGCAGCUAUGGGAAUCAAACUGUACUAUACCACUGUUACUGCCUCGAGGACGGUGAAGUCUCAACAGGCAGAAGUGAUACGAAUCCUUGAAAGCAAAAGCAUCCAGUACGAGCUCAUCGACAUCUCUGUGGGCGGGGAGCUCCGUGAUGAAAUGAGGAGCAAAGUGGGGGACCCGACGGCAGUCCCUCCCCAGCUUUUCAACGAACACGAGUACUGUGGGAACUAUGAAAUGUUUUCCGAGGCAGUGGAAGCGGAUACAGUGGAACAGUUUCUGAAACUGGCGUGAGGAUGACGGAGUACCUUAACCCCAUUUCCCCACCCGCCCUGUGUCCUAUCAGAGCCCUGUUGUCCAGUCUCUCUGUCUCUCUCUCUCUCUCUCUCUCACUCUGCACCACUAGCAGUGACCACCCACUUUCAAUGCCAUAAUGAAAAAUGCCAAAUAUCAUGAAUACUACUAAUCAGCAAAGACACAUUCCCCGUAAUGCACCAUUAUGCUUGAAAUCACUCUUACUCUCUUUUUAUAUCCUUUUUUUCUCUCCAUUUGAUUCCUCUCAGAUCUGAUUUUCUCCAUCUGACAGGCUAGUGUUAGUGCUCCUGGUCCAUUAGGAAUCAAUGGGCUGUCUGAAUAUGCGGUAAUUAGGUCGACUAAUCUUGGCCGUGGCCAACUGAUCGCCGGAGAUUAAACUAAUCCACUGGAUGACAACAUUUAACCCAGAAUCUUCCUGAUCUGGCAGGCAGACCAAGCACACCAUCACCCAUCAGUCUUAACUACUUUGGCGUCUUAUUCUGUAGCCUUCAGGUUCCCAUGUUGGACAUUACAGCACACUGUUUGCACUUCAUGUGGAUGCAAAUGUACUCCUAAGUAGCAAGGACUGUUAAGUCCCUAAAUCCAAUUAAUUCAGAAUUAGAGCAGCUAAAAGACAGAUUUUAGGUGAAGCUGGUUUUUGAGAAUUUUGGUCCAAUUGGUCUCCUUAUGCAGGAUGGGAGCUGACCUACUUAAAGGAACAGUGCCACCAGAAAUCAAGUGCGUGUUCUUCACAGUAUUAAAAAAAUAUUAAAAUAAUUAGCUUGUGUGCAGUGCGUUAAAGCUACCGUCGAGUUUUCUGUACCCCAAACUUCUGUAAGUCUAAUGCAACGACUUAUACAAAGACAACUAUUGAUAACAUUUUAAAUGGUCCAUUGUUUACAUACAUGGUUGCUAGCUUGUAGGCUUGUUUUUUGCCUGUCUGCAAAUGGCACUCUACUGCCACUAAUGUCUGUUGGCAGGAUUGUGUAUGACACUGUCCAUCAGCACAGUGUAAACCAAAGGCAGUAGAAUUGGUGGACAUAGCUGCUGUGGUUUGUGAAAGUCUCUUAUGAAGUUAAUAGAUAGUCAGGUUUUUAAAAGGUUUCUCACACCGCAAUCUUGGUGUUUUGAGACAAGAUGUCGUUAGCCAGUGACCGUAUCCUAGAUAAUCCUGUAGAAUCUCUACAAUUACAAAAUGUAUAAGACCCUAAUUUUUAUUUCUAAUCUGACCUAAACUGAGUGACUGAAUCCAUAAACUCAUCAGUUAUGUGUUUACAAGGGCUUUUUCAUACAUUCAGGAUUAAAGCUCUUCAAAGCCUGAUUCAAUUUCAACACCAAGAAGCUACGUCCAUCUUUGAUACAGUCUAUGAUGCAAACAGAGGAGAUAAACAAAGCUUGAAUCCCACAUCAAAAGUAAAUUGUAAUUGUAAUUGUUUACAUUAAUAUUAAGUAAACGGAGUAUUAAUCUGCAUCACGUCAUUCACAGUGUCUGUUUUUCAAACGACCAAAGGUAUGUCUGUAGGCAGAAUUUUCAAAUUGUACAAAUAAUGUUUUUAAUUGUUGAGCUAGGCUAACAUCGUGGCUUUACUGCAGUAUUAUUCCGUAGAAUUACAUUUUACUCCCUAAAGCAAGAAAAAUAAAACACUGUGGACAACAUAAAGGUAAACCUGCACACUGCAUUAAAAAAAGCAAUGUUUUUGGAUUCUGGCGAAAAAACAACAAUUAAAAAAAGGUGGAUAUCUUAACUGAAUCACACCAAAGUAUUACAUAUAUAUUUAUGAUGCAUCUCCAAUGGGCCAAACUUACUAAAAACUGGUUUACUCCUUAAAAAAAAAAGUCAGUGGUCAUACAUUUCAGUAAGCAGCUGCUUACAUUUUGCAUCCAACAGAGUGGGAUGAACAGAUUUCUUUAUGUUGCAUUUAGUGCCAAUGUAUAUCUGUAAUACACUUUAGCUGGUGGAUGCUCACUGCAGUGUUAGCACUUACCUGCCAUCUUCUACAUUUUUCCGUAGUGUUCCUGUUGAACUUGAAAGCUUAAUUUCUGGCACUGAGGGCAGAUGCAAAAGAAGUUAGAAGAGAGUUUAAAAAAACAAAACAAAAGAUCUGAGUGAUCUGGCUUUCAACCGCGUAUCUUCUCAUUCCACCGUUUAUUUCAUGUUACAGUUUCAUCUGAAUAACCUGGCAUGAAGAUGCAGUAAUGUGACUAUGCACUGAAACCCUGCCUCAUUCUGCACACAGAUGUAAAGGUGCAAGCAGACGUGUUUGUACCGACCUGAAUUAGUCUUACCAGCCUUAGGGAACACUCACCACAUGGGAGAAAUGAAGGCUUCACUUAUCUGUGCUUUUAAAGCAUUCAUGUUAUUCCGCUAAUUAUCAUUAGUUUACUUAUAUUGAUCAUUCCAUUUCUUCUUUUUUUUUUCUUUUUCCUGUUUAACUGAUAACAGCCCAGUUUCCCUGUCUCACUCGUAGCACCCAUCAGUCCCCCUCGCUGUCAUACUCGUAUUGUUACGGUUUGGGAUCACCGGCGAUGACGGCCUUCACACACAAUGUUUGUGCACUGUUUUGUAAGUUGAUGGUUGUGGAUGUUUGCCUGUUAUUGACGUAUAAUCACUAUGAAUCAUGGUUCAGACAUUCCACGUCUCUCUCUCUGAGCGCCUGCUUUGCUUUUGGACCAAUUCCCCUUGGCCAAAAAAAAGAAGAAAAUAGGGAAUAAAAUGCUGUUGUCUUCCAAGAAGAUUGUGAAAAGUGAUUUAUGGGUUAAAAAAUGAAUAAAUAAAAUGGAGUUGAAUCGA